UUUAGGGUUUACAGUUAGCUCCGUUUUUCAGAGAGAGGGAGAGGGAGAGAGAGAGGGUUUAGGGUUCUCAGAUUUCGGAUAAUUCGGGCUAGGGUUUUUAGAAAUUCGAGCUUCUUGCAGCAGCAUCAGCCAUGUCGAUCUUCAACCUACAGUCCCCAGGCCAUCUCAAGGAGAAACUAGUCCAGGAAUAGAUUCUUACUGUUUGAUGCUCCGAAAUUUCCUUACUGUCAGAUCUAUGUUCACAGAAGUAUGUAAGGCUCCAGUAUACUUUCCCCGACACAAAACUAGAAGUACUGGGAAGUCUUUUUUCCAAGAGAGUGCUGGUGUUAUUGCGUUAUGUGGACGAAUGUCUUCAGAAUUGGAGGCCUACAGCAUAUUUCCUGGUUCCAGUUUCUCCCUUGUGAAUCCGAUCCGAACUCUCUACCAGAGAAAAGUUUAAAAGCAGAGCAGAAAGAUGCUGCAACGUUAUUGGUACUUUCAUCGCAUCUGCAGUUGCAGAAUGAGGGAUUUCUCAGCACAUGGACUAAUUCCUUUGUUGGACCCUGGGAUCCAUCUCAGGGUAUGCACAACCCUGAUGAGAAAAUAAAGCUCUGGCUUUUUCUCCCAGGACGCCACUCAUCUGUUCUUGAAACUGCUCAGCCCGCAGUUUCUAAAUUGAGAGUUGUUGGAGCUGGAUUCUGGGUAGCCCCUGGGGAUUCAGAAGAGGUUGCAGUUGCUUUAUCUCAGGCCUUACGGAAUUGCAUAGAGAGAGCGCUGAGAGGGCUUGCCUAUGUCAGAUUCGGAGAUGUAUUCACCAGAUGCCAUCCCUUUGCACAAAGUGAAAAACUUUUCAGGAGAGUGCAACCUACAUGUGAGUUUAUCUUUGCUGCCACUGAAGAAGCAAUCUUUGUUCAUGUGAUAAUACACGCAAAGCAUAUUCGGACACUUUCGAGUGAUGACAUGGAAAGGGUAUUAAGACAUCGCUCUUCAAAUAACUAUGGAGAAAAGCUCCCAGUUAUUGUGGCUCCUCAUGGAAUGCGAGGUAGACUUACUGGUUGUUGCCCAAGCGAUCUUGUGAAGCAAGUGUAUUUCAGCAAGGUUAAUAAGGCUUCAAAUGGGUUCACUGCUCUUGGUUUACCUUUUCAUGCUGCUCAAUCAUCUAAUUAUCAGCUGAGAGGGCAAAAUUGUUAUGUCGAAGUUACCAUUGGCUGCCCUGGGAUGGGAAGUAGUUUUAAUAAGAAUAUCUCCAAGCAUCAUACUGUGGAACCACCAGCCCUUGGAAAGGGCGAGCAGCUGGGAUCUGCUGAUAAUGUUCCAGUUCUUGAGAGGACGUUCAUCUAUCCAGCUGAGACGGUGCUGGUUCCAAUCAUGCAAGUGGCAUUUGCUAGAUCUUCUCGCAAAAGGUUCUGGCUACAAAAUUGGGUUGGAACAUCAUUAUUUGAAGCUUGGCCACUCUUGAACAUUCCAGAUUCAUCUAUCCUCAUGCAUUGCGUGGAGAAAAUUGAGGCUUCUUCAUGGAACACGUGCCAAUUUGGCAGAUCUGGGCCAUUGAUCUAUUCGGGGUUCAGCAGCACUGGCUACAUUGAGUCUCUACUGAGCCCAUGGAUCGAUUCUAAUGGCUUACGCCCACACCGUAGCUAUAAUAGCAGCAGCAACAGCAAUAGUAGCAGCAUCAGCAGCAUAAGUAGCACAUCCAGCGACAGCGAUUAUGGGAUGCCUGCUGGAGGUCGUGACCUUGAAGCAGAUGCUGAUUCUCUUACAUGCAGGCAGUCUGGUUUAUCAAUGAAUGAUCAGUUUGAGAACGAUGGGCAAAAAAUGGUUUCUAAGCGUCUCUGCACAGGCAUGACAGAAUCAUUUGGUCAAGCUGGUACUGUCACAAAUGUGACCAUGCAAGAGGCAUAUAGAUCUGAAUAUAGUGCUAUUGAAGGAAACAAUUCGGUCACAGCAGGAGUGGCAAAUGAUCAGGUUGGAUCUCAUUGGGAUUGGGAUGAUGAUGAUAGAGGCAUGGGAAUGGACAUUCAGACGCUUCUUUCUGAGUUUGGAGAUUUCGGUGACUUCUUUGAAGAUGAUGCACUGGCUUUUGGAGAGCCUCCAGGAACUGCAGAGUCUCAGGCUCUUAUGUUUCCAGCUACUGAUUGUGGAGAUAUAAGCAGCAGUCCUUGUACAACUGGGAUGGAUGUACAAGAUCAGAUGCUUUUGCCUGCUUUAGGGUUUCCAUCUUUUGACGGUUUCAACCAGCCACCUCCAGCAAUUACGGAGGAGACAAAUUACAAAAAUCAAGAAUUUACAAAGGAUGGCCGGUCAUCAGGUGCAGGCAGCAUCCCUUUCGCGCCCUCAACAGGAGAGUUUGACCAUCUGUCAAAAGCUGAAGCCAAGAUGACAUUCGCUCCAGAAUAUGCUGCUGUUGAGACACCCACAAGUGAAUUCUCCACAUCAAUUUUCAGAAAUCCAUACUUGCCCAGAUCACGGAAGGUCGAGAACUCACAUUCAAGCUCCAAUGCCUAUGUAUAUGGUGCCACACCACCAUCUUCUCCUUGCUUAGAAGCAUCCGACGAGAAGCCUGAUGUCUCUACAAAGGCAAAAGCAGGCCAGGGGAAGCGCGAUGCUGGUUCCCUUCUUCAGUCUAAGAAAUACUACACGUAUGUCCAGAGCGGCCAACAACAGCUUGAUAAACGAUUAGUUGCCAAUAAUAAUAGCAAAACCUCAAGUAAGAGUGAGGCAUUGUCUUCUUCGGUUUCUGGUUUUAAUUCUUCAAAUGCUGUUGUUUCUCUCCAACGAAAGAAGACUGACAAUAUAUUAGAAGGAGGACAUUUUCUUCUGUCUCUUAAGACUGUGCUUGCGACUGAAGUUGAAUGCAUCAUGUUCCAGGCUGCUAUGUGCCGGAUAAGACAUAUGCUGUUAUCUCGCAGUAAUCUAGUUUCCAUUGGGCUGAGUAGGUUCGCUGGAUAUCCAGUUUCAGAUCAGAUCCCAAGUGAUACAACCACCAUGCCGGACAAAAUUAGCAUGUACGACAUGAAGAAGAGAGACUCCAUACCUGUUAGAAUAGCAGGAGAUAUUGAUAGUGGAAUGCUUGAUGGACCUGUUAAUGCACCUGUUGGUGUUUGGCGCUCUGUUGGAGUUCCCAAAGGAACAAAACCUGGAAGUACGCUAAGUGUUGAUAGCUCCUCUUCUCUGCCACACCAUACACUCAAUGAGGAAGGUAUGGUUGCAUAUGGGCAAAUGCAGCCUCUUCAGGAGCUUCUUGAUGCCAUGGCCUUUCUAGUCCAACAAGCGACUUCUUUCGUGGAUGUGUCACUUGAUAUGGACCUCGGUGAUGGUCCCUAUGGUUGGCUUGCAUUGCAGGAGCAGCGGAGGCGUGGAUUUUCUUGUGGGCCAUCUAUGGUCCAUGCGGGUUGUGGUGGUCUUUUAGCCUCUUGCCAUUCUCUGGAUAUUGCUGGAGUGGAAUUACUUGAUCCACUAUCAGCUGAUGUUCAUGCGUCGUCUGUGAUUAGUUUGCUGCAGUCAGACAUAAAAGUAGCUUUAAAAUCCGCAUUUCGAAAUUUGGAUGGUCCAUUGUCUAUCAUUGAUUGGUGCAAGGGUCGCAGUCAAUCAGGUGAUGCAGGAACUGCAGGUGAUGGGUAUUCUACUGAAUGCUCAUUUAGUGAUGCUAGGGACCCUUCAAAUACUGUUUCUCUAGCUGUUGGAGAGCCAAUAAGCCCACCUCAGUCUUUGACCGGUGUCUCAUCUUCCCUCAAAGAUGGAGCUAGACUGGAUGACUCAAGCCAAAGGAGGUCGAGCCAAGAAAUCAGUAAUUCGGAAUCAGAACAGCUGAGCUACUCUCGUCUCAAACCGACACUUUCGGUGCUCCCAUUGCCUUCUAUCCUCGUUGGGUACCAGGAUGAUUGGCUCAAGACUUCAUCAAACUCUCUACAACUUUGGGAGAAGGCUCCUUUUGAACCAUAUGCUCUGCCAAAGCCUAUGACUUACUAUGUUGUAUGUCCGGAUAUCAAUCCCCUUACAUCUGCUGCUGCUGAUUUUUUUCAACAACUAGGAACCAUUUACGAGAAUUGCAAAUUGGGAACUCAUUCGCCUCAAAUUAUUGGAGGCCAGAUGGAGCCAGGUUCUGGAAAAUGGUCAUCCUCUGGCUUUGUUUUUGUUGAGUGUCCCCAAUCAAUGAAGAUAGCAGGCACUAAUGCAUCCAUCAUGGGCUCAGUAAGCGAUUAUCUUGUCGCACUAUCUAAAGCUUGGGAUGUGAGGAGCUUCCUUAAAUCUCUUUCGAAGGCUCUCAAGACUCUUAGACUUGGUUCAAAUUCGAUGGCAAAUCAGAAGGAAGGCAAUAGUGGGCCUUGCAUAGUCAUCUAUGUAGUAUGCCCCUUCCCUGAACCCAUUGCAGUUCUGCAGACUGUGAUCGAGGCUUCUGCCGCACUUGGGUCAAUCAUUCCAUCAUCGGAUAGGGAGAGAAGAUCAUCAUUGCAGGCUCAGGUUGGGAGGGCUCUGAGUUGCUCCGCUACCGGAGACGAGGCAUCAACGUCAAGUGUUCUGACACUGUCAGGGUUCAGUAUUCCUAAACUGGUCUUGCAGAUUGUGAGUGUAGAAGCCAUUUUUGCAGCAAGUAGACCAGUGCUUAAUGAGCUUGUCAUUUUGAAGGAAAUCGCAUUCACAGUUUACAGUAAGGCUCGGCGGAUUUCACGGGCCUCGUCCAGUGACAUGAUACAAUCAUCAGCCAUCUCGGGUACACGUCAAUCGGCAUUGAUGCAUAUGAACUCUCCUGUUCCAGGGCUUUGGAAGGAAUGUGUGACCCCUCGGAUUCCUGGAUCAUCUCUUCCGAGAGAGGGUGAACUCGAUGCUGGCCUAAGGCCUGGUGCUUGGGAUAAUUCGUGGCAGACAUCAAGGACUGUUGGGUUAAACUGUGAUCCAAACAGAACAGGGGACUUCGUUUACCAAGAGGACAUUCGCUACUUGUUUGAACCGCUUUUUAUACUGGCUGAGCCCGGUUCAUUGGAGCAUGGAGUUUCGCCGGCUGUCUUUGGUAAUGCACUAUCAGAGUCAAGUUCAAGGUCUGGAGUUGAUGAUAGUGGUGGGAGCUAUAUGCAGACUUCAACUCCAGCAGGGAGUACAGAUGCCAGCCCAGGCACUAUGCUUGAUGGGUCAGAGCCUGACAGCUUUGGAUCUAGUCAUCAGAAGACUGCGAGCCUUCAUUGUUGUUAUGGGUGGACUGAGGAUUGGCGUUGGCUAGUUUGCAUCUGGACUGACUCUAGGGGAGAAUUGCUUGAUAGCCACAUAUUUCCUUUUGGUGGCAUCAGUAGUCGGCAAGACACAAAAGGUUUGCAAUGCCUAUUUGUCCAGGUCUUGCACCAAGGAUGCCAAAUAUUGUCAUGUUCAACCCCUGAUGUGGGUACUACCAAGCCAAGGGAUAUUGUGAUUACACGAAUUGGAUGUUUCUAUGAGCUCGAAUGCCAAGAGUGGCAGAAAGCCAUCUACUCAGUCGGUGGUAAUGAAGUGAAAAAGUGGCCACUGCAACUGCGACGAUCUGUACCAGAUGGGGUCCCCUCAAGCAGUAACGGGACUUCCCUGCAGCAGCAGGAAAUGAGUUUGGUUCAAGAGAGAACCCUCCCUUCAUCGCCAAACCCUUCUUUAUACAGCCCUCACACGAAGUCAUCGGGCUUUAUGAAAGGUGUUCUAGGGCAGGCCAAUACGAGAAAGCAGCUCUUAGCUGGACAAACAGUGGUGGACAGUUCGAGGGGGAUGUUUCAGGGGGUGCAGAGCAUCACUCUAGUUGGAAUUUCCGUUGAUCAUUGCCUCCAUCUUGUCUUUCCAGCAGAAACAUCUUCCCCAGGGGGAGGAACUCAAGGUAGUGGCGUUGGCCCAUCCACAUAUGUUGAAGGGUUCAGCCCCGUAAAGUCCCUUGGAUCGAUGCCUGCAUCCUAUGUCCUGAUACCAUCUCCCGGCAUGCGGUAUCUCCCUCCAACCCCUCUGCAGCUUCCCACAUGCCUCACAGCAGAAUCUCCACCCCUCGCCCAUCUCUUACAUAGCAAAGGGUCCGCAAUCCCCCUAUCGACUGGUUUUGUUGUGUCCAAAGCAGUCCCCCCUGUCCGUGGAGAUUCAGCUGGCCCAAAGGCCGAUGAGUGGCCUUCUACCCUAUCCGUUAGUCUCAUUGAUUAUUAUGGAGGCAGCAGCAGCAGCAGCAGCAGUAGUAUACAAGAGAAAAUGAUGAGAGGAAUCAGCAAGCAAGGGCGGAGUUUGAAUGCGGAGGUAAGAGAUUACGACUUGGAGGCCCACUCAAUUCUAGAGUCAGUAGCUGCCGAGCUACAUGCACUGUCCUGGAUGACGGUAAGCCCAGCCUUCUUGGAAAGGCGGACUGCAUUGCCCUUCCAUUGCGACAUGUUGUUGAGAUUGCGAAGGCUUCUGCACUAUGCUGAUAAGGAGCUCUCUCAGCAGCAGCCUGAAAAGGCACAGCAAGCUUAAAGCGCCCGGCGUAGAUGUGUAUGCGAUCAACAAUCUAUAUUCAAAUUUGCAUACAAAUUUUGUAUCUUGUCCAUGUAUCUUAUUGUAUGUAUAUGAUUAGUAACAGGUCCCCUUCGUGCGAGCUUAGAUCAUGCUCAUUCGAUAUGCGUCUUCCCAUGUGGCCCACAUGCUCAGAUGGUUGCUCGAUCGGAGGGGGGGAUGAUUCUUGACUGCUGAUUCGUGGACUACUGUCCAUUCAAAUUACAUGUAGGUAGGUAGGCAGGAUCGCCUGUCCAUGGCGAGUUUUGGUUGGUGGCCCAUCCACAGCGGCUGAAAAGCCGGACGGCUCCAAUCAUCGAAAUUCUUCUACAUGUGGACCACAUGCGACGAGGCAUGCUGGAUGUGAGUGUUGGCCUGCCAAUGAAGUCACUAAUUGUAUUAUGUAAAUUUGGUUCAAGUAAUUUGAUUACCCCCAGAUGGGGAAAAGUGA